AUGACCUCACAACCUUCUCGUCGCUUCCAUGAAGCCGGCGUGGGAUCACGGACGGGUCUGCGACUGUCCGCGGUUGCCCGAGACCAGGAUGGAUUCGAGGACCUCGAAGCCUUUUACAAGGCGAGUGAAGCCGCACUCGACCAUCGACAACAUCAACCCGAGAUUCAAGAGGAGGAGAGCUACGGCGACGACUAUGACAGCUAUGACGAGACGCACUUCAGCGCUCGACCGUCCUCCAGUGGUGCUCGAGGGCGAGACCACGCAGCAGCAGGAUCGAGCAGCGUCAUGAUGGACCUCCAAGACAGCUCGGCUCCUUCGCCAAGAUCCGUGCUGCGCGCUUCUCGAGGGUCAGCGGCUGGAGGGUCCAGCAGCUCUCCCUACCGUAAAGGGCGCUCGAACGGAAACAUCACGCUCGCAGACGACGACGACGAUCUGGAUCUGCCGAACCUGUCGACCGGGUCCCGAAGCUUUGACCUGAUGACCAUGGGUGAGGACUACGAUGGAGAACAGGAUGCCACUUUGCGAGCCCCACCGACACCAAGCAUUCCGGAGCGAGGUCUCUCAGCUCGGACAAAGGGAGCAGCGGCAUCAUCGAAAGCAAAAGGCAAGGGCAAGUCACAAGCCACAACACAUAGGCUCGAGCUUUCAGACUCGGAGGACGAUGACAUUCUGGCUAGCAUCCAGCAACGGCUCGAGUCUGCAUACGACGAUGAGGACGACCAAGGCAUGAGCCUGCUGGACGACGACGAAAUCUCACUGGUGCGGCCGCCGCCAUUGAAGGCGACGACCACAACUUCGGUGUCGAAACCAAGAUCGCCGAAGCGACCGACGGCCGCACAGAAGAGGGCAGAGGCAAAGCAAACAAUACCGACGCAAGCAGCACCGCCACCAAAGAAGCGCAAACAAGCUCCACAAUCGAAACCACGUGCUUUCGAGCAAGAGCCGGAAUCCGCGUAUGGAUAUGAUGAUGACGACGGCGAACUCGACUAUCUUCCUUACCGAUCGCCGUCACCUGCUGCUCCUGCAGCAGCACCGCCGCCGAAGAAGAAGCGCGGCAGACCGCCAAAGAGCGCGUCGGUCGAGCCUCCAACCCAUCACGCCCCAGCAGCACCACGAACCACUCAAAAGUCCAAGUCGACAAGCAAUGGUGCUGCCCGUCAGACCACGAGCAGCUCAAAGUUAAAGACAACCAAAUCGAAGAAAGCGGCGGGCGAAGUGGUGGAACGAGUGCGCUCCCGAUCCGGCGAGGCGACCGUCAUCGACGAGAACGGCGUGAGAAGAAGCACGCGACAGCGAUUCGCACCGCUCGAGUACUGGCGAGGCGAGCGCAUCCGCUACGGACGACCGAGUCUCCCCACCGGCACCACGCCAGCAGAUCUGCGCGGCUCACAACAUGCGGGCGAGGACGAGUUCGAAGACGACCCAUCUAUGAUGUUUACGCGCAAACGCGUUCCUGUCCUCGACGUCAAAGAGGUCAUCCGCAUCCCGCGUGCGCCCGGCGAAGGCACCUUUUCCGGCACGACGCGCGUGCGCACCACCUCGCGAUCGAAAGUGGACCGCAAGAGCGAAGAGCGCACCCCGCGGCUAGAUUCCCUAACACCCGACCCGGCGCAGACGCCGGACCCACUAGACGACUGGUCCGGGCUCGAUCCCACGGCGGACACGAUCCAGGUGGAAGACGGGUGGGACAGCAAGACGCGUCGAACGGGCGUAGUCAUCGACGAGGACGAAGGCAAGGAGAUGGAGAUGGAUGUGGUGCGCACCAAAGCGUCGCUGCGUCCCGUCGCCGCUGCCAACCAGCAGUUCCGCUUCGAAAAGCUCUUCAAUUGCGGCGGGCUGAUGGCUACGGGCGUCCUCUACCUUCCCCCAGAAUCACGAAAGCCGACGAAACCGAGCCAGGACAACAACUUUGUGUUCUGCGUGCUGCAAGGGGCCAUCCGUGCCACGGUGCAUCGGAAAAGCUUCAUCGUCGGACCGCAUGGCAUCUUCCAGGUGCCCUCGGGGAACACGUAUGCGUUGGAGAACAUCUGUUCGCGCGAUGUCCAUCUGUUCUUUGCACAAUGCAGAAAGACCAAGAAGGCAAACGCGGGCGAUCUGACGACGUUCACGCAGAUGUCGGAUACGAGCCAUACGCCUCGGGCGCUGCUACGCGGUCUCGGGGUCGAGUACGUCGAUCGCGACGAAAGGGAGCUGAGCGAGCAGGAGCCCUAUUAUGAUGAGGCGCAAGAGAGCGAAGGCUACGAUUCGAGGGAAGGUGAUUAUGCACAGCCGCACAACAAGCGGUCUAAGUCGACGUCAGCCCGAGCGCCUGCUCAAGCGCAGAUGUAUUCCACCGACAGCGAUGCCGAGUUCAGCGACGAGGACGACUUUGAACUGAGCCAGGUCAAGACCAAGAAGAAGCGCAAGUUUCGCAAAAUCUAG